UAACAGUUUUCAACCAAUCGCAGCCACGUCGAGAAAAGGGGUGCCCUGUCUGCCCGAAACGUAAAGCUUGCAACAUGGCGACUCUCCGAAGAGACUACGGAGAGUGGCGAUACAACCGUUUUUAAACCAGAAAAUCCAUAUAUUUAAACCUUGUACAAUGUGGGGGAGUUAGCCAAAGCCACGACAUCCAUAACAUUGUAAACGAUGUUUGCAGAGGCCAGUCUGUCUCUGUGGGGAUGGGGGGGUCUAGGGGUGGUGCUGUUCCUCAUCACAUUCGGACCUUUCGCCAUCUUCUACCUGGCGUUCUAUAUAUUCUGCUUCGUAGGAGGUGGUUUUGUGGUCACUCUGUUGUUUGGGAAGACUAACUCAGAGAAACAUCUAGAGAAGUGUGAACACUCCUACCUGCCGGCCACCCAAACGGGUAUACAGAAGACGUUGGACGAGAUGCGGUUGGAGCCGAAGCCUAUAAAAAUCGAUAGGAGGCUGACCGGCUCCCACUACAUAGAUGAGCCUCUGCAGCAGGUCAUUCAGUUUGCUUUGAGGGACUAUAUACAGUACUGGUAUUACACUCUGAGUGAAGAUGAGUCUUUCCUGUUGGAAAUCAGACAGACUGUCCAAAACGCUCUGGUCCAGUUCUCAACACGGUCUAAAGAUGUGGAUUGGCAGCCGUAUUUUACCACUAGACUCGUGGAUGACUUCGCUACUCACCUCCGGGUCUUCAGAAAGGCACAAGACAGACUGGAGGGGCGGGAGGACUGUAAACAGAGGGACUUGUCGGAGGAGAUGGUGGAAUCGUUCUUUGAGGCGGAGGUGGAGAUGGAGAGGAACAUCUGCAGAGACGUGGUCUGCACGUCCUCGAAGGACGAGGAAGGGUUCCUGAGGGAUCUGUGUGAGGUGCUGCUCUACCUCUUACUACCUCCUGGAGACUUCCACAACAAGAACAUGAGAUACUUCCUCAGGGAGAUUCUGGCUCGAGGCGUUCUCCUUCCCCUGAUCAACCAGCUGAGUGAUCCUGACUACAUCAACCAGUUUGUCAUCUGGAUGAUUCGUGACUCUAGCUGUAACUAUGAGGCAUUUAUGAACAUCUUGAAGCUGACGGACAAAGUGGCAGAGCUGGAGGCUGUUAAAGACAAGGCCCUGGAGGAACUGCAAUACCUACGAUCACUGGACACUGCUGGAGAUGAUAUCAAUGUCAUAAAGAAUCAGAUCAACAGUCUGCUGUUUGUGAAGAAGGUCUGUGAAACCAGAAUCCAGAGACUGAACUCUGGGAAGGAGGUGGACGCUCUGAAAUUAGCCGCUAACUUUGGGAAGCUGUGUAUCAUACCACUGGAGCACAUCCUCGUACACAACAUUGCGCUGCAGUUCUUCAUGGACUACAUGCAGGCUGCUGGGGCUCAGGCAGAGCUGUUCUUCUGGCUGACAGUGGAGGGCUACAGAGUAACAGCCCAGCAACAGCUAGAGGUGAUGGAGGGGUGGGAGAGAGAUGGCAAGAAGGGGGGGGGCACUAAAGGACUGCUGAAGGCGGCGGCACUGGGUGUCUAUGAACAGUACCUGUCUGAUAAGGCCUCCCCCCGGGUACAGGUAGAUGAAGCGUCUGUACUUAAACUGGGAGAGAAGCUCCAGAAGGACGGCGACCCCACUCCGGAGAUUUUUGACGAAAUCCAGAGAAAGGUAUAUGACAUGAUGCUGCGUGAUGAUAGGUACUACCCAUCGUUCAGACAGAGUCCCCUCUACGUCAGGAUGUUAGCUGAACUGGACAUGCUCAAAGAACCCUCUUAUAGAGGAUCAGAUGAUGGAGACGGAGAAUCUUUCAACGGAUCCCCCACUGGGAGCAUUAAUCUAUCUCUGGAUGACCUGUCGAACUCUUGCCAUGAUGACAAUUUACAGCUACACGCCUUUAUCUCUGAUACAGAGAUGUGUGGGUAUUACAGCACUGGCCCUAAAAACAUUACCCUGUCAAAAUGCCUUGAUGUUGUCUGGACCCUAGAUGGAGUGUUAUCUCCUAACGCAAGACAGUCCCCUGAUUCGUCUCUCCCUGGGGCUGGGUUGGGUGUUGGGUCGGGGUUGGGCCUGCUGGGUGCUAUAGGGGUGUGUAACGACCAUGGAAAGACCUACGCCCUCUACGCCAUCACGGUGUUCCGCCGUAACCACGACGGCAGCGAGGAGACAUGGAAGACGUACCGACGCUAUUCCGACUUCCACGACUUCCACAUGAGGAUCACGGAGCAGUUUGACAACUUGACGUCGAUCCUGAAGCUUCCGGGGAAGAAGACAUUCAACAACAUGGACAGAGACUUCCUGGAGAAGAGGAAAAAAGACCUCAACACAUAUCUACAGCUGCUGCUGAAUCCAGAGAUGGUGAAGGCCUGUCCGAAUCUGGUCCCUUACGUCUAUGACUUCCUGGAGAAUAAGCAGUACAGCAAGGGCAAAGGAGACUUUGCACGCAAGAUGGAUACGUUUGUCAACCCGCUGCGUAGCUCGAUGCGUAACGUGUCCAACGCUGUGAAGGGCCUGCCAGACAGUCUGGCCGAAGGAAUGAACAAGGCUGCUGACAACAUGGGACGCAUGUCAGAGAAACUGGGGCAGGACAUCAAACAGUCCAUGUUCAAGGUUCCUCCUAUGCUCCCGAAGUCGGACAUCGACCCAGAACACUGCAGAGUAUCGGCCCAACUGGAUGACAAUGUUGAUGACAAUAUCCCCCUGCGUGUCAUGCUGCUGCUGAUGGAUGAGGUGUUUGACCUGAAGGAGAGAAACCAAUGGCUCCGAAGGAACAUCAAGAACCUGCUGCAACAACUCAUCCGAGCCACAUAUGGAGACACUAUUAACCGAAAGAUUGUGGAUCACGUGGACUUCAUGACCGCUCCAGAACAGGUGGCUGACUAUGUGAAGAAGUUCAGGGAUUCCUACUGGCCCAACGGGAUCCUGGCUGAGUCUCCGCCCCGGCGGGACAAGAACAUCCGCAUGAGGACCAGGGUUGCUGCCAAGACCAACCUGUUGGGAAUCAUGCCGGACGAGUUGAAGCACAUCAUCGGGGCCGACACCACUCGCAAGGGCAUCCUGCGCGUGUUCGACAUGUUCCAGCACGGGCCAAUGAAUCGGCGGCUGGUCUACGUGCUCCUGGAAGGCUUCCUGGAGACCAUGUUCCCCCAGUACAAGUUUCCCGAGCUGUUUGUCAAGCUGCACUCCCGGUCGCCGCGCACCACCAGAUACACGCAGAAACUGAAGAGCACCUCCCUGAAGAGGUGACACGAGACGGGUUCUGUGGGGGGGGCCACCCGGGGGGCGCUCUCUCACAGGCCCGGAGAGAGAAGAGGUCGGCCGGUGGGAAGGCUUGAGUGAUGCGGGCGUGCUGAGAAGAGGUUUUUCGGAUUUGCGUGCGGGCAUGGGUCCUGUCAGCUGUUCAGUCUGCCCCCCUCAGCUGCCCCUGCGGUGCAUGCCCCCACACUCGGACACCCCCCACGCCCCCCCCCCGCCUGUGCACUAACAGGCCGCUUCGGGUUUUAUUUCAGUUUUUGUACCUUUUUUAUUUUAUGCUGUUUUAUCAUAGGUGUGGGUUCUGGCAAGAUUGCUCUGAUCCGCACAGGAGGCGAGCUCGGUUACAGACACUAGAGCCUAGAGGGAGGGGGAUACAGUACAUGGACAUCUGUAUGGCUCUGAAUUAUUGCAGAAUUCUGAAGGUAGACAGACAUGCUUAUACACACAGACUUAGUUUCUAUUCAGUAUGUCUGGCUCUGCUUUAUACUGUGGGUCUUUUAAAUGUCAGGAGAUCGUGGGGAGAGACAAGACGGGCCUGCUGUGUCGACCAUGUCUCUUUCUCUAAGGCUUCUGUUCGUCACGUUUUCUCGUUGUGAUUUUUCUUUUUGUUUGUUUGUUUGUUUGUUGCACAGUAUGACAUCAUUCAUGCCUGCCGUAAUCCUCUAGGACAGGAGGAGGUUGGGAUUUGGCCCAAGGCCGCUACGUCCCUUUUUAAUCCACCUGUCAGUAAUGAUGACAACCAAAGCUCUAGAGCGUGCGUGUGUGUGUGUGUGUGUGUGUGUGUGCGCGUGUGUGUGUCUGUGAGGUAGAGACCCGGGGAGAUUAAAACAGCUCUACUGUGCUUCAUCUUGUUAAUCAAGCAAAAGAACCCAGAGCUCACCUACCCUCUUGACAGGAGAGCCCAGGGUAAAUCUGCAAUGGCUGUGCGUUGCCUGGGAGUAUGGUGCCAUUUCUGACAGGGCUGGAAUGAAAGGAACCCAUCCAGACUGUGUGAAUGUUGCUGUCUGUUGCGUGUGUGGACAUACACCGGUAUCCUCUAAGAAUGUACUCUCUGCUCUUGUGUGCGUGUGUGCGUGUGUCAGUGUAAGCUUUAGUGAAGCAGCCUUAUUACAGACCAAGAGAAUCACACUAGUAACACACACACACACAUACUCAUACCACUAGGUUACAGAGAGGAAACACACUGAUACGCUACUUAAUCACACUUUUAUUCAUAUACAAUUUUAUUAAUUUUGUGCAAUAUUUUUUUUCUUGAUGCAUGUGAUUUUGAAUACCUGUACAAUGUACAAAAAAUGAACUGUACCGUUUUGAAACAAGUUGAAAAAAAUGUCCCUCCCCCCCAAAGAGGUAUUCUAACCCCUACAACCUAGCUACAUUCCGUUGUUGUAAAGAAACACAAAAAAAACCACAUUUAUUUACAGACUUGUUUUAUAAGUCUGAGUUGUGUUUUGGUUUUGUUUUUUCACUCCUGAUGAAUCUGUGAUUUUCCUGCCGAUGUACCUGUAGGAGUGACAAGUGGUCCAACCCGUUUAGCUGAAUCUCAAUGGUCUAGCCAUAAUGGUUUGGGGUGUUUAUUAUGCACAUGAGCCUGUUGAUUGGAGAAUAAACAGAAAUGACUUCCUCCGGUAUUAACCAAUGACAGGAGAGACUUGGGAUCGUCUGAAUCGCAGGAACACUGUGUCCUUUUGAAAUGACAGAAUCACUGCUGAAGAGCACUUAGUGCAGGAGUCCUUCCAUUGGCUGAACCAACUUUGCCGCUGCCACCGGAUGGUCCGUUCUCUGCUCUGAUUGGCUGGGCUUGAUUAGCCCAGGACUCUCAUUUGCACCACUAGGAUGUGAACUCUAAGAUGUGUUGCUUGUUUAAGAGAGGUGGAUUUUCCGAACAGAAGAGGUGACCUGUGGCAAAGAUGGUGGAGAAGAAUGCGUUGGAAAGACUCAAACCGUUUACCUUUGUAGGAAAGGCGUUCCCUGCGUGAGCUCACAAGUUCCGGCAUGAUCUCUGGCAUGCUGAUGCGGGAGAGGGAAUUGACGGCUCUGGUUUACAUAUAGCCCUGUGAUAUGUCUCAUUCUACAGAACCCAGUAGCAUCAAGUAGACCAGAGCAGCCAGGAGAGAAAAUGGAGUGGGAGGUCUUGCUUUCUCUAUUGUCUACUCAGUGGAACACUGCAACUUAAAGCCUACACUCUUCUCAUGUUCACAAUGGCUUGGCUUUUGAUGUUUUUUUUAUAUCUCUUGGGGAAAGGUUUUCCUAGCGUUCACCCCACAUCAACAUGUCCCUGUGUUCUACUAAAUGUAAACUAAACACAGAAUGGAGUGAUGAACACAAUAUGAGACUACAUCAUGUAGAUUUGGAUGAAACAUGGCUGUGCAAAAAAAAAAAAAACGGGGUCUUCUAGUACAUUAUAAAUCUACUGCAUAUCUGUGUCCAGUAUGUGUCAAUAGUGUGCCUAAAUGUUCUGUCAACUCUAUUUUCAUAUUUUUCUUUAACAAAAGGAUCAAUCAGAAUGUCAUUGUCAUUUUAGAGUGAACUGAAGGGAACUUUUGAAUACUCUAGAACCAGGCAACUAAAGAUUCUAGAGCCAGGGGUAAGUUAUAGAUUCUAGAACCAUGGGUGGCCAACCCUCCAGGAGAACUACUGGCUGUGCAGACAUUUUCUCCAGACCUGCUCUAUUCGAACACGCAGUUUAGCCAAUAAAGGUAUGGAGGACGAGCAGCUGGUUUCCAUAAAUGUGCAAGUGUUUCAGCUGGGCUAGAGCAAUAUUCUGCACAGAAGCCUAACUUCAGGAGCAUAGUUGGACAUCCCUUUUCCGGGGUGUUUUUGCAUCAUGCUUAUCAAACUAUUCCUUUGGAGACGCUGAACUCAGAUCAGUAUAACACUAAUAAUAAAACGAUAACUCUGACUAACAGA